AUGGCCCUGCGCGGCGGCGGCGGCGGCGGCGGCGGCAGCAGCAGCAGCAGCUCCUCGCCGGCCCCGACGCCCUUCUCCAUCCAGGCCAUUCUGAACAAGAAGGACGAGCCGGGCGCGCGGAGCCCCUGGCCGGGCCGCCUGCAGCCGCUGCUCUCGCCCGCAGGGGGCGCCCUGGCCGGCCCCGACGGCGCGCCCGCCUGCUGCUGGAGGCUCUUCGGCGACGAGGCGGCCGCGCUGGCCGUCGCUCUCCAGCAGCAGCAGCCGCCGCCGCCGCCGCGCCAGCAGAUGCCCCCCGCGGCCGCCGCGCCCCGCCGCCCCGGGCCCGCCGCCUGGGACUCCGACUCGGCCCUGAGUGAGGAGCAAGAGGCGGACAAGGAGGACGAGGAGGAGACGGCCGGCGACGACGACGAGGCGGCCGAGGAGGAGCUGCGGGCCGCCCGCCGAGCGCCCCGCUACGCCAGCGGCUCCAGGUCUCCGUCGGAGCUCCCCGGCGGCAGGAAGCGGCCCCCGGGCGGCCUCAGGGACUGCGAGCUCUCGGCCCGGGCCUCAGAUCGAGCCCCCCCGGAGGAAGAAGACGAGGACGACGAGGAGGAGGAGGGCCGCGGCAAGUGCGCCAAGCUGCUGUCGGAGGAAGAGGAGGGGGCGGCCGGCGCAGGCCCGGCGGCGGCGGCGGGGGCCUCGACGGCGGCGCCGAAGCCGCGCAAGAAGCGCUCCCGGGCGGCUUUCUCCCACGCGCAGGUCUUCGAGCUGGAGCGGCGCUUCAACCACCAGCGCUACCUGUCCGGGCCGGAGCGCGCCGACCUGGCCGCCUCGCUCAAGCUGACGGAGACGCAGGUCAAGAUCUGGUUCCAGAACCGGCGCUACAAGACCAAGCGCCGCCAGCUGGCCGCCGACCUCCUGGCCUCGGCGCCCGCCGCCAAGAAGGUGGCCGUCAAGGUGCUGGUCCGCGACGACCAGCGCCAGUACCACCCCGGCGAGGUGCUCCGGCCGCCGCCGCUCCUCUCCCUCCAGCCCUCCUACUACUACCCCUACUACUGCCUGCCCGGCUGGGCCCUCUCCGCCUGCGCCGCGGCCGCCGGGACCACGCAGUGACUGCCGCACCGGGGCCGCUGGAUUAAGAAGCCGGGCUGGGCAGGGGCGCCCGGCCGCCUGGACUCGACGGGGCGGCCCAACAUCAGGACCGGGGCGCUGACUGCCAAGGGAAACCCUCCCGCCCCGGUGCUUUGGAGACUCCCCGCGAACUUCGACGGGAGCCCCUCUCCCUCUGUCCUCCCGCCCGGUCCUCCUCGCCCUUGGUGCUCC